CGAGUGGGGCAAUCAUCCCAGACCUUGCGCCUUAGAGGGGCCAAACAAUAAGGACAAUAUUUUGUCACCGAAAUUAAUGGGGAAUGACUCAUCUAAGCGGGAUCACUCCAGACUCGGAUCUGAAAUGGUAAGAUCCACAGAGAUCUACCAAGGAACUGCUUACCGUUACAACUCAACUGACUUGGAAGAACUUAAAAAAGAUACUUUAAAACUGAAACUAAGUCUGAGAAAUUUUAUUGAAAUUGUAGACGGCAUCCUCAGCUUUGACGAGGAUGAGGACGAAAGUGACCAGCAUUUGGAGACCCGGCUUCUGUUCAAGGUCAAACACAACCAGACUUUGAUCCACACAAUAACCAGAGACCUUGAGAGGCAGUCCAAGAUCUUCGACUCUCAGAAAAAUGAGGUUCUAAUAAUCCUGGUAAAAGAAGUGGUCUCUAUCGUAAACAGCUACACAAAUAGUUUGUUAAUGGCCAUCAAGCGAUAUAAAAGACAAGCUUUAGAUUCAGAGGUGCGGUGCAGCUUCGAGCACCUCCGAUCAGGGGUGCACGCGGAGCCCCAUUUCAUCAAAGUUACAGACUUGGUGUAUGACAUCAUCAGCGAACACCAGGACGUGGACGCAAUGUUGCUGCAGCUGAUGUCGACAGAGACGGAGAGACAGGAGCUGGAGAGGGGCGUGGUGAUGAUGUUGGUGUAUGGUAGACACAGUCUGAGAUAACAUCUACUAAAUCCAAUUUGUUCUUACAUCCAAUCCACCUUUUCCCAUUUCAAAAUACAAUAUCAGCUUUGCUGGAUAAGAAUUGAUACAAUUCUUUUACAAAACGUUGAUUUCUUAACUGUAAUUUAUUUUCAUGUCUGUAAUGAGAUAUUUAGCUACCACAACAAAGAAAUCUCUCAAUUAUUCAGUAUGUUUUUUUUAUUUGUUUUAUUAACUAACUCUGCAUCUGUCAUGUCUAUUUGUAUUUUUUAAAACUAUUGUAAUCAAAUUUCGCAUAAAAUUCUCAUGUUUAAUGGCAAAACAUGAAUCAAUUUUUAAAAAAAUCAACCAAUUAGUAAAUCAAUUAUCGUAAUAAAUUAAUUUUCUUUUUAUUUAAAAAUUGUACUACAGUAAGGGCAGAUAAUUAUAAGCUCGUGCGUUUUAAUAUACGCAUUGUUUAAACAAAAAUACUAUAUAUUAUUUUCAAAUUUUAUUAAUGAGAUAUUACAAAUGUAAAUUAAUUAAAAUAUAUUUGUAUAAUUUAUUAAUAAACUUUUAUCGUUUAUCAAUCUUUGCAAAGACAAAUACUUUAUGUAGUUCAGUUAAAACUAUAAAAAAAUGUCUCACUAUUAUACAAUCAGAUCUCACAAAAAGUAGUAAUUUAUAUCUCUAUAUCAUAUGGUAGCGUAACAUACGGUGCUUCUAUACUCUUUUCUAUUGUUUAAGCCACGGGUGUAUGACGCUCCUUAUACCUGGUCCUUCCCUGUCCGCUCCCAUUUCCCGUGGUCCUGCGAGAGAUUUGGACUAGGAAGUUAAUUAUCCUCAUCAACUCUCAAGGAACAUCCAAAAACAUGGAAAACAUUUUUUUUUUAAUUUUAAUUAUUGCAUAUUACAAAACAAAAAAGGUUUCGCCAUUUCUAAUCCAGUUCUCAGCUGUCUAAUUUUUCAAUGAUUGUGUGCCUUCACUGCUAUACAUAUAUCUAUAUGAUUUGGUAUGAGCUAUAGUCGAAAACAUUGACUUAGAUCGAUCCAUAACAAGAAUACCUAAAAUCUAUAAUCAUUUUUGUGCUAUAUGUUGUAAAUUAAUGACCUUUUUUUUCCUUAACGUUGUAAAAAAAAAAAAAAAAAAAAAAAAAAAAAAAAAAUUCAGGUGCAGUGGCGUCACUAGGAUGGGUGUCAGCCGGUGCGGUCAGCUCAGGGUGUCACCCCCUCCCCCUCAUCCCCCAUUAAAAAAUAGUUUUCUUUUUGUUUGUUUAUUGAGCUGUAAUACAUAUAGUUUAUAAAUACCUACGUUAUUUGAUUGUUCAACAACUAUAAAAUGAGUGUCAAUCAAAUUUUAAACUUCAGUUGUAAUUGUAUCUAAAGUUCACUGGGUUUGAGUAGUCAUGUGAAACUCCGCACUCAUCCUUAAACUGUGCAAUGGAAAACAUUGUCAUUAAUCUACAGCACGAUUUUGCAACAAUGCAACCAUAAGUAAAUUGCAGUGUUGUUUUUUUUCUCGAUUUCAAACUUGAAAACUUAUCAUUAACUUGAUCAAAUAAUGUCUUUAAAGAUUUCAUUUUUAAUAAAACUACCCGUUGUGA